AUGAAAUCUAAUGUAGCACAUAACUCCUCUUCAGAUUUUCCACAAGCGAAUGCCACCUGAAGCAGUAGACCUCGUCUCAAGACUCCUCCAGUAUUCGCCAAACCUUCGGUGCACUGCUUUGGAAGCUUGUGCACACCCCUUCUUUGAUGACUUACGGGACCCGAAUCUUUCACUGCCAAAUGGAAGAGCUCUGCCUCCAUUGUUUAACUUCACUGCCCAAGAACUUGCGGGUGCAUCAACAGAGCUGCGACAGCGUCUAAUUCCAGCGCAUUGCCAGGGAACGGGAAGUAGCUCUUAGGAUCAUUAAUAGUGUGUCCAAAUCCAGCUUUCUAUCUCUCCAUCUAUUUAUUGCAAGUGUGUACAUCAAUUUUGAACCACUUCUGCUUCCAAGCUUUGUGGCUGGAGGAAUGUCUGGAAAUCUGCAUGCCGUGACCCUAGGAGAUGUGAAAUAACUGGGGGGGUUCAUGGAGCUUCUUCUGACUGGCUUCUCUCUCUGUUUGCUCUCUCCUUUCUCUCUUGUUAUUUUGGCCACCUUCACUUUCAUUUUUUUGUUGUUUCACAAAUCUGACCCCCUUAUAUGUUUGGUGUAUCAUUAUUAUAUGUUUGUAAUCCAUCAAGAUCAUUUCCCUUGCCGUAAUAUCGCAAGCUUGUUUUCUAAUAAGAUUCAGUUUUAUGUUCA